AAAUGUUUUGAAUCUUUUGGGUAUGAUUAAUGGUCGUAAGACUGAAUGAUUACUCACCUGAAAACAAUCAAUUCACGUCAUCGCUAAUACAAGAUGGCACCAACCAGGGGUGGAAAGAAUGAAACAGAGAUAAGUAAACUAACGAAAGAUUUACUUAAAGAUUACGAACAAAGAGCUAAUCAUUAUGAAGUGGCAUCUUGUAAUUCAGUCAAAUUGUGUUUCAAAAAGGCUGCCGAUGAUAAUCAAUAUUUAACAAGACUUUUAAUUGAUCCACAAGAUCAUAAAACAGUUGACUAUUGGAUUGAUGAUAAAUUAACUGUUGAUAAAAGUGCAAUUUUACAAGCAAAAGACAUUGAAAAUAAACAACUGAAAGAAAAACGAUUAGUGAAAAUUUUACCCUUAAUUGAAACAAUACGAGCGAAAAGGUAUACAGCAAUACAAGAAAUAGAUGUAUGGGAUUGUCAUAUUGAAAAUGAUGAUAUGAUUGCAUUGACUCAAUUAGUCAAUAAAGGAUGCUAUCUUAUUACACGUAUUGAAUUAAUCAACUGUUUUUUGAAUACGAAAUGCAUUCAUUUAUUGGCAGUUAAUAUAGCUCUUUCUAAAAUACUACGUGAAUUAUGUUUGGAUUUUAAUGAAAUUGGUGAACAAGGCUGUCAUGCAUUAUGUGAUGGUUUAAUCAAAAAUCGUUAUCUUAUUUAUCUGAGUUUACGUUUUUGUGGUCUCACUAAACAAUGUGGUGUUUGGCUUGGAGAUAUAAUUGCAGAAACAGCUAUAAGACAGCUCAUUCUUGACGGAAACUCUUUAGAAGCUGAAGGAACUAUAGCUUUACUUAGUCAAAUUUCUGAUGCUGCAGAGAAAGAAGGACAUGAACGCGCUGAAGAGAUCAGAAAGAAACAACUAGCAGCAGAGGAGAGUGAAAAUAAAGACCGAGCGGUAUUGAACAACCCCACUGCUGUAGCAGAGGGAGAAAAUGCUAAUGCUGGCCCAGCGCCUCAAUCUUCACCACCAAAAGCUUCAUCAAAAAAUAAAGGUGGUAAAAAGGAUAAAAACCAACCGUUAGUUCCUCCUUCUGGUCCACAAAUUUCUGUUUUAAAAUUAGCCGAUAAUGCAAUUAAUCAUUACGGUGAAGGAGGAAAUAUUACUACAGUGAAAUGUAUGCAAAUAAUAAAAAGCAUAAUUUCAUACAGUAAGGAUUUAGAAGAAAUUGAUUUAUUUGCUAAUGAUAUUGGUGAUCUUGCUGCCAGACAAAUUUUGGAAGGGCUAUUAUGUCGUAAGGAUGCUAAAUUACCAAAGAUUGGUGUACGUCUAGGUCACCGUAUUAAUCAAGAUACAUUUGAUAAGGUACAAAAAUUAGCACCUGGUCCGAAGAAGAAAAAGGGUAAAAAAGGCAAAAAGUAAAAUUUAGUCGAGAAUAAAUUGCAACACAUUGGAUAUAUAAAUGAAGAUUAUACACAAAUAAAUUUUCUAAUACAAUAAUCUUUGCAUUUAAACUGCUCACAAAUAUUCCUAUUAUUAUUAAUAUUAUUUUUAUUAAUAUCAAAGAACAAAAAAUUUUCCUUAUAUAAAG